CAAACAAGAAAAAGUUUCCUCCGACGGGAAAGAGGAGUCGCCAUGGAUGAAAAGGAGCAAGUUAAUGCGGAUAAACCGGCGAAAACUUAAAGAAUGAUAACAUAACUCAGGGUUUGUGUAGUUAUUUAUCUGAAAAACUCCCCAAAGUGAGGGGAAAGUUUGCAGAUAUGGCGCGGGACAGCGAGGAGGACCCCAAAGCUGCAAAAAGGCAAAGAAAGAGGAAACAAAAGGAGAAUAAAACCAGGACUGUGCACGCUAAUAUACUGUACGACCACGCCAAAGGGGAGGAAAACCCCAACAGACACUAUUCAAAUAACAAGAUAAAGACCACCAAGUACACCGUGCUGUCCUUCCUACCCAAAAACCUCUUCGAGCAGUUCCACAGGUUCGCUAAUGUUUACUUUGUCUUCAUCGCUCUGCUCAACUUCGUCCCGGUGGUGAACGCGUUUCAGCCCGAGCUGGCUCUGGCCCCGGUGGUCUUCAUCCUGUCGGUCACCGCCAUCAAGGACCUGUGGGAGGACUACCGGAGACACCGGUCCGACACCGAGAUCAACCACAUGGACUGCCUGGUGUACUGCAGAGUGGAGAGGCGUUACGUGGAGAAGUUCUGGAAGGAGGUGAGGGUGGGAGACUUCAUCCGGCUGCGCUGUAACGAGAUCCUCCCCGCCGACGUCCUACUGCUCAGCUCCAGCGACCCGGACCGCCUCUGUCACAUCGAGACGGCCACGCUGGACGGAGAGACCAACCUGAAGCAGAGGCAUGUGGUGCGCAGCUUCCUGGACCUGGAUUGUGAUUUCGACCCCCUGAAGUACAACGGCAUCAUUGAAUGUGAAAAACCAAACAACGACCUGAACAGAUUCAGAGGCUACAUAGUCCAUCGCAGUGGCCGGAGAGAUGCACUUUACAAAGAGAACCUGCUGCUGAGAGGCUGCACCAUCAGAAACACAGAGGAGGCCGUGGGGAUCAUUAUUUACGCAGGUCACGAAACCAAAGCCAUGCUUAACAACAACGGGCCGCGAUACAAACGCAGCAAACUGGAGCGUCAGAUGAACGUGCACGUGUUCUGGUGCGUCAUCAUCCUGCUGGUCAUGUGCCUGUUCACUGCGAUCGGUCACGGGCUGUGGAUGUUUCAGUACGGAGAUAAGAGGCCGGUGUUUGACGUGCUCAGCCCAGAGGGGACGGAUUUAUCACCAGUCAUGACGGCCGUUUAUCUCUUCCUCACCAUGAUCAUCGUCUUCCAGGUGCUGAUCCCCAUCUCUCUGUUCGUGUCGAUUGAGAUCGUGAAGAUCUGCCAGGUGUUCUUCAUCCAUCAGGACCUGGACCUGUACGACGAGGAGACCGACUCCCACCUGCAGUGCCGAGCGCUGAACAUCACCGAAGACCUCGGACAGAUGCAGUACAUCUUCUCCGACAAGACCGGCACGCUGACGGAGAACAAGAUGGUGUUCAGGCGCUGCACCGUCGCUGGGGUGGAGUACUCCCAUGAUGCAAAUGCCAAAAGACUUGCCAUGUACCAGGAGAUGGACUCUGAGGAGGAGGAGUGCCCGUCUCGCGGCGGGACCCUCCCCCGGCGGGACAGUGUGGGCAGCCAUCAGAGCGCCAAGGUGGUCCUGCGCUCACAAAGCACCAAAUCCCACCGCAGGACCGGCAGCCGGGCCGAGGCCAAGAGGGCGAGCAUCCUGUCCAAACACACCGCCUUCAGCAGCCCCAUGGAGAAGGACAUCACACCGGACCCUCAGCUGCUGGACAAAGUGAACGAGUGCGGCAGUCAGAUGGACUUCAUGCGGUUCCACAAACAGCCGAUGUCCCAGCUGCCCUCCGACCUCGCAGACGUCCUCGACUUCUUCAUCGCUCUCACCAUCUGCAACACGGUGGUGGUGUCCUCCCCCAACCAGCCCCGGCAGAAGGUGCGGAUGAGGUUCGAGCUGAAGUCUCCGGUGAAGACCAUCGAGGAUUUCAUAAAGCGCUUCACCCCGAGCCGCCUGACCUCGGGCUCCAACAGCAGCAGCUCCUCCAGCCUGGUCACCAACCGCUCCUCCACCCGUGGCUGCUCCAGCGUUUUAUCCUCUCCGUCCGCCGAGAGCACCCUCACCAAACUGGACGAGGAGCAGAGCAUGCAGCACGCCUUCAGCCCCGUGCCGCCGCAGUACGAUGGGAAGGCGUGUAGCGCGGCGGAGGGCGAGCUGCGGUACGAGGCAGAGUCUCCGGACGAGGCGGCGCUGGUUUACGCCGCCCGCGCCUACAAGUGCUCCCUGGUGGGGCGCCUCCCAGACCAGGUGACCGUGGAGCUGCCUCACCUGGGGAAACUGAGCUUCGAGCUGCUGCACACGCUGGGCUUCGACUCCAACAGGAAGCGCAUGUCGGUGGUGGUCCGACACCCGCUGACGGAUCAGAUCACCGUCUAUACGAAAGGAGCAGACUCCGCCAUCAUGGACCUCAUCAGACCCCCCGACACAGCGAACUCCAAAGGGAAACGGCAGAAAAAGAUUUUCAGCCGAACCCAGUACUUCCUGAACCUGUACGCUGCCGACGGCCUGAGGACGCUGUGCAUUGCUAAGAAGGUCAUGAGUAAGGAGCAAUAUGCAUGCUGGCUGCAGCGCCACCUUGAGGCGGAGACGGCGAUCCAGGGUCGAGAGGAACUGCUAUUUGAGUCGGCGCUGCGUCUGGAGACCAACCUGCAGCUGCUGGGAGCGACGGGCAUCGAGGACCGGCUGCAGGACGGCGUCGCUGAAACCAUCGCGUCGCUGCGGCAGGCGGGUCUUCAGAUCUGGGUUCUGACGGGAGACAAACAGGAAACUGCCGUCAACAUCGCCUACGCCUGCAAACUGCUCGACCCCGAGGAGGAGAUCCUGACGCUCAACGCCGACUCUCAGGAGGCGUGUGCUCUGCUGCUGGACGAGAGUCUUCACUACAUCCAGGCCAAAUUCCUCUGCAGCUCCUCAGAUCACACCACCACCAAAUCUUUCCACAGCAACGUCUCCCCCUUUGGGAUCUUCACCCCCCCUCCUCCCUCCUGCCCACCCGCCCCCCCCGUGGUGCACCAGAUCGGCCUGGUGAUCGACGGCCGCACGCUGGCCUACGCUCUGGAUCAGAGUCUGGAGGAGAAGUUCCUGGCCGUGGCUCAGAGCUGCCGCGCGGUGCUCUGCUGCCGCUCCACGCCGCUGCAGAAGAGCAUGGUGGUCAAACUGGUGCGCAACAAACUGAAGGUCAUGACCCUCGCCAUCGGUGACGGGGCGAACGACGUCAGCAUGAUCCAGGUGGCGGAUGUGGGCGUCGGCAUCUCGGGACAGGAGGGCAUGCAGGCGGUGAUGGCGAGUGACUUUGCUCUUCCUCGGUUCCGGUACCUGCAGAAGCUGCUGCUGGUUCACGGACACUGGUGCUACUCCCGCCUCGCCAACAUGAUCCUCUACUUCUUCUACAAGAACGCUAUGUUCGUGGCGCUGAUCUUCUGGUAUCAGUUCUACUGCGGGUUCUCCGGGUCGGCCAUGGUCGAUCAGUGGUACCUGAUCUUCUUCAACCUCAUGUUCUCCGCCUUCCCUCAGCUCAUCACCGGCACGCUGGACAAAGACGUGUCUGCAGACACUCUGCAACAACUACCUCAGCUCUACGUCAACGGGCAGAACUCUGAGGAAUACAAGCCAUAUAUGUUCUGGAUGAAUAUGAUCGAUGCCUUCUAUCAGAGUCUGGUCUGCUUCUUCAUCCCCUACUUUGCCUACGCUGACUCUGAUGUGGAUUUGUUUACGUGGGGAACUCCCAUCACCUCCCUGGCUUUAUUCACCAUACUGGUGCACCUGGGCAUAGAGACCAAAACCUGGACGUGGAUGAACUGGCUGUGCAUCUGCUUCAGCAUCUCGUUGUUCUUCACCGUGGCGCUGUGCUACAACGCCUCCUGCCCCACCUGCUACUCCCCCUCCAACCCGUACUGGAGCAUGCAGCGCCUCCUGCAGGACCCCCUGUUCUACCUGCUGUGUGUGAUCACACCUGCAGCCGCUCUACUGCCCAGAUAUUUCUACAGGGCGUGUCAGGGCACGCUGUUCCCCAGCCCGGUGCAGGUCGGCAGGCAGUUGGAUAAACUCCCCUACGAAACCCGGAGAAACAUCCUAAGCCUCAGCGGGGUCAAAGCGGGGUCGCCGCUCGGCCCUAAGCCUCACUUCCUGUCACUCGGCAAGACUUCCUUUAGCGAUAAAAAGCAGCAGAGGAGCGGGCCGGUGUUGCACACAGACAGUGAGAAGGAGCUCCCCUCUGCAGAUAAAGACACUCUGCCUUAUACCAAAGACGCUGCUCCUCCUGCCUCCAAAGACUGCCUGGAUCAGACUUUAGAUGCUUCCUCCUGGAUCACCUCCACGCCGCUGCUCUCCCCGUCAGACGGCAUUCAGUUUCCCCCCGACGGAGACUCGUUCUGCGUCAAAUACUCGAGAAACUCGGAGGAGAGACUGAAGUCCGAUCAAACCUCCUGAUGUCUUAAAGAUGAUGCUCAGACUCCAAUUUGCACGCUAGUUUUUAUAUAAAAAUCUAAUUUUAUUGAGAUUCUUUUAUAAGAGAGACACAUAGGUACUUUAUAUUUGGGAUGUUUUUUAUAAUGGAAGAACUGGAAUACUUCCUGUUCGUAAAUCCUGGAUUUUGUUUAUGCAUCUCAGUAGCUGUUUUAUUCCAUAGCUGCCUUUUUUAAGGAGUUUAUUUUCCACCUGUAAGUGCAUAAAGACGUGGAUCACCGCGGCCUUUAAUCAGUGUUUUUAUACUCCUGAGAAGACAGACUUUAUGUUUUUCUACAUAAACAUUUCGCAGUACAGAUUCUCAAAGAGUUUUAUCUUUACCUAAAUCAGCAGGUCGGUGUCGUGUGCACGUUGCAGUGUUUUUGCUGGAUUUGCGAACAUUUGUUUGCUUAAUGUUUUAAGACUGUUUAUCGAAUUUACAGCUGUUCUGUCCUGCAGUACUUUCCACUGAAGAAUUAUGUCAACUUUAUUCAUUGAUCAUGCAUUAUAAGUAUACACCAAAAAAGCUAUUAUACAGCAACAAUCUACCAGUAAUUAUGCUCAUUCUGACUCAUUAAACCUGUUAUAGCAGUGGCACAUUAAAGGAAUAGUUUGACAUUUUAGUGAAUACAUAUAUUUACUUUUUUACAGGCGAGCUGCAACAAUUAGUCGAUUUUAAAUAUCUCUACGUUUUUCACUGAAAAAACAGGAAAUCAAAAGACAUCUCCUUGGACUUUGAGAAGCUGGGAUGGAGAUUUUUCAAUAUUUUCUCACAUUAUACAUGCAAACCAUUCAUCUAGAGUCAUUGGUGAGAUUAAAGAAAAUUCAACUUGUUUGUUGCAGCCCUAAGAAAGAGUUACAUGGGAGAAUUUACGUCUUUUUUAUCGUGUAUUUUUAUAUAGACUGAAUGCAACCCCCCCCCCUAAAAAAAACUUAUUUUAAAUAAUAAGAGUAAACCAACAAUAACACAUGUUGAUUAUGAAGGUCUUGAUGUAAUGGCACUCAGAUUGUUAACAACCUUUUACAGAGAUAUGCUAGCAGUUUCCCUUAGUUUCCAGUCUCUAAGCUAAGCUAAGCUAAGCUAAGCUAACCGUCUCCUAGCUGUAGAUUUAUUUUUAUGCAUCUGCCCCACCAUAAAAAAUAUGUAUGUUGGUUUUUAUUCAAAGCAAACCAAAGAUAAGACAUUGAUUUUAUGUAACACUACUCCGAUAAUUUAUUACCAAUGGAGAGAGCCAGGCCAGCAGUUUCCCUUCAUUUCUAGUCUCUAUGCUAAGCUAGGCUAACCGUCUUACAGGGCAAUUUACAGUCUCUAUGCUAAGCUAACCUUCCCCCUAGCUGUAGCUCCAUAUUUAGCACACAGAGGUGUCAAUCUCCUCAUCUAACUUUCAGUAAUAUAACAUGUUGUCAAACUAUCCCUUUAAGCACUGUAAUCAUGUUUCAUAAAUGUGAUUUUACUUUACUUUCAUUUUCAAACCGUUUAGUUUAUUUAAGUUGAAUCUGUUUCUCAGCUGGAAACCAAAAACCUCUGUGAUGUAACACGGUCUUUCCCAAAUGUAAAAAGAUGUGGCUUUAAGAUACAAAAUGUGCACUUUGAAAGGCUUACUUUAGAGUUUUGCUGCUGCAGGUUGCAUGCUCCGUUCUCUGUUGGUUCGUUUUAUUUCUUUCCCUCUUCUGGGAGUUAUGAUGCAGACACCUAAAACAUGUAAGUUUGUUUAAUAGCAUUCAAAGCAGCAGCACCUUUAAUAUGUUAUGAUUGUUUAAAUGACAUUGCAGUAACCAAAGAUCAUUUAUAUUCCUGUAUUAACAGAGCAAUAGUUUGUGCCUUAACACUGGAAAAGAGAUUACAGGUCUGAGCGUUUGAAGCUGUGUGCAGAGGUGACGGAGCGUGUUGUGUAGGUGCAGAGGAUUUUUAUGAUGAACACACGAUGUGGUUCCACCCCUCGUCUGUUCUCUGGCAUGUUGUUCAUUCUGCCCGCCGAUCUGUUUUAAAGCUUCGGUCUGUUCUGGGUUUGUUUUGUUGGCGUCGCACUUCAUGUGACAGGAUGGAGCUCGAGGGCUAUCACUGCUGAAUAUUAAACACUUUCACAAAAAGUUCCACAUUAUCAUAUCUGAGCUCCAUUUGUUGGGUUUCAUUUGCAUUUUCAUUCCUAAUUGAGUUUAAAGAGGCCCUGUUAUUCUUAUUUUCAGGUUGUUAUACAUUUUUGGCUCUACUGUCUCCAUGGUUUCAUGUUCAAAAAGCAGCAACUCUUUUCACCCUCUGUCUGAAACCAGAGCCCAGUCUGCUCUGAUUGGUUAGCUGGCCAGCUCUGUUGUUAUUGGUCAACCAUUUAUAGACGUCCCGCCCCUUAGCCUAUCAAGUACAAUGUGUUGGAGCAUAGGACCGCAAGUGUUACAGUCUUAUGUUACAGAAGUAAACAAAGGAGUCCAAUGUAGUGGUUUUCAGGGGGGGGGGGGUUACAUGCACAUAAAAAAGCAUAAUAGGGCCUCUCUAAAUCUGUAUAGUUAUCUGCUGUUAAGUUCAGUAUCAUUCCAAAGUUUUAAAUCGAAUUGACCAAAAAUCACACAAAGUUCUUGGUUUAGCCUCAAAGGAAACACCUUUUCUUUUCUUUUUUUCAAAUAGUUUAUUUGACGUUGAAUACAGUUUUUAUUUGACCAGUUCUUUGUCCUUCGAAUUAUUGGAGAUUACUUGUACUCGUGAACAAAAUAAUAAAGUAUUCAUCCUUU